AUGGAGGAGAAAUCUAAGGAUGCCACCGCUAAAGAUCAAGAAGCAGCAUCGUCCUCUCAGAGAAAGAUAUGGAAGAAUUUUCCGAAACCUUUCCUAAGUCCAAAACUAGGGUCCGAGAGACGCAGCGGGGACGGUAAAAAGGAGUCCGGUUUAUGGAUGUUUAAGCGAAAGAAGAAACAGGUCCUAGACCGUGUGUUCUCAUCAUCACAGCCUAAUCUCAGUUGCUCUACUCCAGCGCGCUUCGAAGGUGAUAAGUCCCUCUGCGGUAAACCGGACUCCGGUAGUGCAUCUGGGCAUGCUGUGUCACCCUUGGUCACCGCCGAUGGAGAAUCUACGAGCAGGCUACAAUUGCCCGGACAUGGAAGCCCUAAGCUCGCACUGUCUCAUUUGGUGAUGUCCCAUCAAAAGAGCUCGUCCUUGGGCUCUGCAUGCUUCGAGAAACUGGUGGUAGACUCUGGCGCCAGCAGUGAGGAUGAGCUGGGAAAACAUGCCAGUGAUUCUGGGAUUAACAUUGUGGAGCCGAGUAAUGCGGAACCCCCUCCUCCUCCGCCGCCACCUCCGCCCCCCAAGCCCAGCAUGUACCAGCUGGACAUCACCCUGAAGAAGGGCAACAACCUGGCCAUCAGGGACAGAGGAGGUACCAGUGACCCCUAUGUGAAGUUCAAGAUAGCAGGGAAGGAGGUGUUCCGCAGCAAGACCAUCCACAAGAACCUGAACCCGGUGUGGGAUGAGCGGGUCUCCCUGCUAGUGGACACGCUGAGAGAGCCACUCUAUGUCAAGGUCUUCGAUUAUGACUUCGGACUGCAGGACGACUUCAUGGGUUCCGCCUACGUCUAUCUGGAAUCCCUUGAGCAUCAGAGAUCCCUCGAUGUGACCCUUGACCUUAAAGACCCACACUAUCCUGACCAUGACCUGGGCACUCUGGACCUCAACGUCACUGUGACCCCCAAAGAAGGGGACCUCCGAGAUGCUACCAUGCUAUUGAGAAGGAGCUGGAAAAGGUCCAGUAAGUUUCAGCAUCACCAGAGCCUGCGUCUGUCCGACGUGCACAGGAAGGCGCAGCUGUGGAGGGGCAUCGUGAGCAUCAGUCUCAUCGAGGGGCGUGGCCUCCAGCCCAUGGACAGCAACGGCUUCAGCGACCCCUACGUCAAGUUCAGGAUGGGCCACCAGAAGUACAAGAGCAAGACGAUACCUAAAACUUUGAACCCCCAGUGGCGGGAACAGUUUGACUUCCACCUGUAUGAGGAGCAUGGCGGCUUCAUCGACAUCACUGUGUGGGAUAAAGACACGGGGAAGAAGGACGACUUUAUGGGCAGGUGUCAGAUCGACCUGUGUCAGAUGGCGCGGGAGCACACCCAUCGUCUGGAGCUGGCGCUGGAGGAGGGCGAGGGCACGCUGGUGCUGCUGGUCACGCUCACCGCCUCCGCCGCCGUCUCCAUCUCAGACCUGUCCAUCAACAUCCUGGACGACCCGCACGAACGCCACCAGAUCAUGCAGAGAUACAGCCUUCUCAAGUCCUUCCACAACAUCAAGGACGUGGGGGUCGUCCAGGUGAAGGUCAUCCGUGCUGAGGGACUUAUGGCCGCCGACGUCACCGGGAAGAGUGACCCUUUCUGUGUGGUGGAGCUUAGUAAUGACCGUCUGCAGACGCACACUGUCUACAAGAACCUCAACCCGGAGUGGAACAAGGUCUUCACCUUCAACGUGAAAGACAUCCACUCUGUGCUGGAGGUCACCGUUUACGACGAGGAUCGGGACCGGAGCGCCGACUUCUUGGGCAAAGUGGCCAUUCCACUGCUAAACAUUCACAACGGCGAGAGGAAAGCUUACGCCUUGAAAAGCAAGGAGCUGACAGGGCCAACAAAGGGGGUCAUCUUUCUGGAAAUAGACGUGAUCUAUAAUGCCAUAAAAGCCGGGGUGCGGACGCUAGUGCCCAUUGAGCAGAAGUACAUUGAAGAGGAGCCCAGAGUCUCCAAACAGCUCCUGCUCCAGAACUUUAACCGGGUGCGGCGCUGCAUCAUGGUGCUCAUCAACGCUGGCUGCUACAUCAACAGCUGCUUCGAGUGGGAGUCUCCCCAGAGGAGCAUCUGUGCCUUCGUGCAAGAUGUGGAGGACUUGCUGGCAGAUGAAGAUGAAGACUAUGACAAAGACGACAAGGACUCGGAGAGAAAGGGCUUCAUGAACAAGCUGUACGCCAUCCAGGACGUGUGCAUCAGUGUGCAGAAUGCCCUGGAUGAAGUGGCCUCCUACGGAGAGAGGAUAAAGAACACUUUUAACUGGACCGUGCCUUUCCUGAGCUGGCUGGCCAUAGUGGCCCUGUGUGUGGCCACCUUCGUUGUCUACUUCAUCCCCCUCAGAUACCUGGUGCUGGCCUGGGGGGUGAACAAGUUCACGAAGAAGCUGCGGGACCCAUACACCAUUGACAACAACGAGCUGCUGGACUUCCUCUCCAGGGUGCCCUCGGAUGUGCAAGUGGUGCAGUAUCGAGAGCUGAAACCGGAGCCCGGCCAUAGCCCAAAUAAAAGAAAGAAAAAUAACCCGGGAUAGCCGCUUCCCGCCACCCCAGCGGCCCCCCCGACUCCCACGUAAACCCUCCUCCUGUGGAGUCUUUCUCAGCAGCCACUUUGCCAAGGAGGAGAGAGAGAGAGAGAGAGAGAGAGAGAGAGAGAGAGAGAGCAGCGAACAGACGAGAAGAAACGGCGAUGGACUGAGAGAAGAGAACUUUUGUCUUUCUUUCUUUCCUCUGUCUCACCCCUCACCCCUCUCUGACCUCUUGUCAUCGUCAUUUUGGCCCUUCUGUUUUGUACAAAUGGAAGUCAAAUUGCCGUCGUGAAACAACAGGACCUCUUCUCUCUCUGUUGUCAUGAUGGCAGCUCUGAUUAAGGUCCUUUUGGUGGUUGGAUGCCACGUGACUCCACACAAUGACAUGGACAGUUUUAACAGCCAUAGCUCCAGUGGUGAGAGAUGCUACUCGGUGAAUGCGAGUGUUUGUUUGACUGAAGACAUCCUCCUCGCAUGUACUUGGUCUCCAUGACCAACAUGUUGGAUGCUCUGGUGUCAAAUGUGUUUGAUUGGCCAUGUUCAGAUUAUAAGCAACAGAGUACUUUUUUUUUUUUUUAAGAAAGACACCAUGGAUUCCUUCUCUUUUAGAAUUCAUUUUGGUUUACAAAAAAAGGAAAAAAAAACAAAACGAAACAAAACAAAACAAAAAAGAGUAAGCUAACGCACUGGACUGAACAUCUGUUUCUACAUUUGGACUUUGAUGAAUCUACACUACUGUGCUAUGUGCUCUUUAUUAUUUUGUAGUGGAGAAUGCCAGUCUUUUGGUCUUUUUUUUGGUUGUUGUUGUUGUUGGAGCCUGCAUGAACACAAUAGCCUUAGAGAUCCUCGUGCUCCAGCCAGCGAUGACAUUUACCCGCUCAAGCGCGCCCGCUCGUGUGCCAGCCCCCUCUGUGUGUCGCUCCGCUCCGCUCUGCUCGCGGGUUAAAGAGACCAAAUGGCCAGUGCAGAGCCUGCCCUCUGAGAGACGGAGAGAGAGAGCGAGGGAUGGAGAGAGAGAGAGAGAGAGAGAGAAAGAGAAAGAGAGAGAUUGUUACAACGGCAAGCCCCCUUGUGAUGACAUAGACCCAUCGGCCGUAUUUCAGAGCCUUCAUCAGGCAUCAAACGAUGCCCCCCUCCUCUCCUCCUCUCCCUCCCUCCCUCCUCUCCUCCUCUCCCUCCCUCCCUCCCUCCCCUCCUCUCUCCUGUGGGCUUGCUGCUUGUGGUGCCAUGUCGCUGAUAGAGAUGUCCCCACAUGCAGACGCAAACACCAGGCUGCCCGCGAGCCCAGCUGUAAUCUCAUUUGAAAGGCUGCCUGCUCUGCCCGCUCCCUCGCUCUCAUUUCCACUUGUACCACUUCAGUGGGCAUCAGCGCUCCCUCUCUCUCUCUCCCUCUCUCUCUCUCUCUCUCUCUCUCUCUUCCUCGCUCUCUUUCUCUCUCUCUUUCUCUCUCUCUCUCUCGUUUUCGCCUGAGGGCAGUGUUCUCUCUCUCCAUCUGCCCCACCUCCUUUGCCCAGCACUCAACUUUGAUCUCUCUUUUAGGAUGUGUGAGAGAGUGUGGUUUGCUUGGCUCUGUUGUAUUGUGUGUGUGUGUCUGUGUGUGUGUGUGUGUGUGUGUGUGUGUGUGUGUGUGUGUGUGUGUGUGUGUGUGUGUGUGUGUGCAGCUCUUCACUGCAGUUUUUUGCUGCAUCGUCUGCGUCAACAUGGAGACAAAAGAGGGAAACUGUCGAAUUUUUUUUUUCUCACUCGCUCCCCUCAGUCCCCAGCCCCAAGCGCUCAGAACCCCCCCACACCCCCCACCCCCCGCCCCCACUACCCCCCCAAUCCAACUCCCUCCUUCUCUGAGGUCAUGUCUGUGUGUUUGGGGGGGAAAGAGUUGCGACUGGGUCCAGGGCUCUUUGCUCAGAAGAGAUCAGAAGUCUGUCCAUCUGAGACUGCUCGCUAUGCAGCUCGAGCCCCUCACAAGGAGCGAAGGAGGGCGAGAGUUGGGCAGAGAGUUUCACUCGUUCGAGUAAACAUGGGGGGGGCUCUGUCUCAAAAGGCCAAGCCAGUUUUUUUUUUGCUCCUCGUUAAAGCGCCAUACACCCCUGUUAGCUCAGCAGUUCAUUCUAAAUCCUCUCCGUGCUUUACAGCUUUAGGGGAGAUCUGUUAAAGGCUGAAUGUGUACGUGUGUAAAAUAAGUUUCGAAAAAUGUCUGUGGUGGGUAAAUAUUGUGCGGCGUUUAGCAUCCCAACGCUCUCGUCUCUAGCUGUUUUUCUUUAUUUUAUUUAUUUCAACAUUUUGAAGAUGUCCAUGCCGUGUUUGCAAGCAAACCAAAGUGAAUUCAUGAUGAAAUAGAACAGAAAUGGAUAUACAUAUAGAAUGUAAUGUAUCUGUAAAAAUGCAAGCAGAAGUAAGCACUUUCAUUUGCGACACUUUUAAACUUAUUUAUUGAUUUCCUUUCUUUUCUUAAUUGUGUAAAUAAGACACUUGAUAAUUUAUCGGUGUAUUGUACAUGCUUGUAAAUGGUCAAAUGUUUUCAAUUGUUGUAUAGAUGUUUGUGUGUCCUUUGUAUGGAUUUGAGCCUGCUGUGUUGCCUGUGACAUCAUCAUACUCCCAGUUGCUGACCAAUGAGAUUUCAAAGGGCAGAAAUGGAUAUAUAAAGGGUAAUGAAUGAGAUGUAUCAAUGGAGUAUCAACAGAAUGCAACGGUUGUUAUGUCUGCAAAUUUUGAAAAAAGUAGAGAAAAAAUAUUAAAUAUUUUUUAUUGA